UCAAUCGGCGGCUUGAAUCACAACACAUUCGGAAGCUUAUCAGUAAACCUAAUUAGUAUAUUCGGAACAGUCACCCGGUCAAGAUCGCCGUCGCGCGCAGAAGCGAUCGAGAUGCGGUUCAUGGUUUCGAAUUUAGUGACCUUAGCAACAGUGGUGACACUUUCGGCUCAAUUGCCACAGCCAGCCCUUGAAGAUGUAGGACCCGUUUGGGAAGUAACUACUCAGUGUAGUAUUCCAAAUGAAUCUAACAAUGGUACAUGUACAUCGCCAACCGAGUGCCCGGCUUACGCUACUAUCAACAAUCCGGAAGAUCUGAGUUCUGUAGGUCGGUUAAGUUUUCUGAAGAGAAUCCAAUGCAAUUCAGAAGGAACCGGUGGGAUUUGCUGUCCUCUAGCAAAGCGCUACAAAACUCCAACGUUGAACGAGACGCUUCCCAAACGCAUUCGUCACAAGACAACACGCGUCCAUUCAAGAUUCGGGAAUGAUGACGAAGUCUGUGGGUAUCAGAGCUUUGUGCCGAAGAUUCGUGGUGGGGAGAUUGCAAACAUUGAUGAAUUUCCCUGGAUGGCAAUGUUGUUGUACGAGCUGAAGGAAUCCCAAAAGAUUGUUCACGGAUGCGGAGGAGCGUUGAUUAGCAAGAACUUCGUUAUUACGGCUGCACAUUGCGUAACGGGGAAGGAUUAUGACAACAAGGGACCACUAAAGUACGUUCGCCUGCGAGAGUACAACGUCUACGACGAUCCCGAUUGUGUGAUCGAGCACAACUUCCAGGACUGCUCGGAGGAGAAGAUCGACUCGGAACCGGUGCGGAUUAUCGUUCAUCCCGAGUACGAUCCCAACUUCCGGCACAAAUACCACGACAUCGCACUGAUCGAGAUAAGCCGGGUGCCGUCGUAUACGGACUUUUUGCGUCACAUUUGCCUUCCGGAACCGAAGCUGGAUAAUGGCGUUGCUCCUGGAAAGCGGUUCAGCGUUUCCGGCUGGGGAAGAACCGAUAUCUUCCGCCAGCAGCUCGGAAAUAAUGCGCUCAGCCCGAUCAAGCUCAAAGUGGUUUUACCCUACGUAGAACCCGAACAGUGCCGGAGGGUGUUCCGCGCCCAGCAGUUGGAGAUCGGGCCGGGUCAGCUGUGCGCCGGAGGUGAGAAAGCGAAAGACACCUGCGGCGGUGACAGCGGCUCGCCACUCAUGUUCUACGAUGUCAAAGCCGGUGCCUGGGUGUUGACGGGGAUCGUUUCGCUCGGCGUUCGUGACUGCGGAACUGAGGGAAUCCCCGGCGUUUACACAAACGUGCGCCAGUAUCUGGAUUGGAUCAAAGCGAAUGCUCAAAUGUGAAGACCCGUUUUGGCUUGAUGGGCAAACCAACGAAGGCUACGAUAGAGAGUUAGGCAAAUAAACGAAAACCGCAAAAACGUGA